AUGGAUACUGAGUUAUACCCAUCCAAUCCGCCUCAAGUGAAAAAGAUCAAACAGUCAGUUGUUCAGACGAUUCAAGCUGGAGUUUAUGAAGGUGGGUUUCAGAUUUGGGAAGGUGGUGAUGAUUUAUACAAUCACAUUGCUACAACCCUCCCAAAAUUUUCAAACAAGCGGGUGAUGGAGUUGGGGUGUGGUCAGGCUCUCCCUUCCAUUUUACUCAAACUCAAUGGUGCGACAGUUGAUGUUUCCGACUACAAUAAGGAAGUCAUCGACCUCACUAAGCUCAAUUUCCAAGCAAAUGGGCUUUCCCUUGAAACUACCAAGUUUUACACCGGCGACUGGGACUUACUUCCAACCUCCGACUAUGACUUUGUGAUCGGUGCUGAUGUCACAUACAACCCGGAGAACCACACAAAGUUAGCGCAUGCAAUCAACAGAUUACUGUCUCCACACGGCGAAGCAAUUAUAGCCACAAAAGUGAUCUAUCCAGGUAACAAUGGCUUGAUCUCCGAUUUCAACGCUGUGAUGACUUCACUUGGUUUCACAUAUUCAUACACCCAAGUCAACUCUUCUGGGGUCGUUCGACUCAUUGUGACAUACAAAAGACAUAACUAA